CCCCCCCCCCAACCGUGCGCUCCACACCGUCCGAUCUGUGUGGCCAUGAUCGGGGGUCGCAACACCACAAGUGCCCUUACCCUCCUGGUCCUCCUGGAUCUGUUCUCCCUGAUCCGGGUCUCCACCUCCACUCCCCUCACAGCAGGGGGACGGGGCCUGAACGAAGGCCAGGAACGGGGACCUCUCCCUGGGCCGACAGCCCCCCAUGGAGAGGGGGAGCCGCGGGAAGGAGGGCCUCUCGUCAGGGGGGAGGAGGUGGAAAGAGGGAAGGAGGAGGAGGACGAGUUGUUUAAGGACGUCGACCCCAGAACUCUGGCCGCCGUUCUCCUGCAGGCUCUGAACAAGCCAGAGGGAGGGAGGUGGACGGGCGGAGAGGGGGAGGAGGAGAAGAAGGAGGAGCAAGAAAAGGAGGAGAGAGCGGCAGAGGGGGCCGACAGAGACAGGGACGGGCGGCAGGAGCUCGAGCUGGUCAUGGCGGCAGCUCAGGGAAAGGAGGAGCGAGAGAGGGAGGAGGAGGAGGAGAAGAAGAAGGCGCAGGAAGAGGAGGAGAGGUUGACGGAGAAGGUCACCAGCCGCACCAGCAGUCAGACGGUGCCGGUUAAGAAGGAGCAGGCCGCGACGCUAGCAGACGGAGGAGAAGGAGAGGGAGGAGGAGGAGGAGAGGAGGUGACGGGGAAGGAGGUCGGUGCCAGAGAAGAAGAAGAGGAGGAAGAGGAGCAGUUGAGUCCGGAGGAGGUGAAGAACCUGGAGACCAUGAUGGAGGAGUUUCAGAGCUACAGCACGGCCAACAAGAGGGAGAGGGAACGCGAGAUGGAGAAGGAGAGAGAGGAGGAGAGAAACAGGGAGUCCCUUGUUCAGAGGGAGAGCAGAGGCUACAGCCAGGAGAAGGACCAAGGGCUUCUGGAGAACGAGAUCAAGUCCAAACCCAAUGGCCACCAGCUGGCUUUGUCCAAGAAGAAACUGAAAUGGCAAGAGGAGACUCAGAAGGGGCUUAACUUCCCCACCUUCAGAGGAGGCAACUUCAUGGACGACUUUGACAACAACUUAGCCCAGCGCCAGCACCCGGCUCCUGCUCCGGCCGAGGAGGACGCGGAGGAGGAGGAGGAAGAGGAGGCUCUGAGCCUGGAGGAGGAGGAGGCGCGGGCCAGGGCGGAGCAGGAGGAGGUCGGGAGACAAGCGGCGGAGGCUCAGCGCGCUAAAGCAGAGGAGGAGAAGCUGGCAGACAUAGCGUCCGACAUGCUCCUGCGCUACAUGGUCAAGCAGGACAGAGGGGGCAGGAAGUACGCCGACAAAAACAGGAAGAAGGCGCUCUCCUUCUCCGACGGCAACGCCGCGGAGGACAAGCGGUCCGACGAGGAGGCGGUCGCCGGGGGCGACGACGACGACGACAUUGACCCCCAGACCAUCGACAAGCUGAUCGAGAUCUCCAGCAAGCUCCAUCUCCCCGCGGACGACGUGGUGGACAUCAUCAGCGACGUGGAGAAGAAGAAGAAGAAAGACGCUCCGGGGGGGCCGGAGGGGGGCGCCGGGUCGCCGUGGCUACGGCCGCUGGUGGUCUCCAACUCCGUCCAGGACUUCCCCUCGCUUCCGCGAAGCUCCUCCCCCAAGCAGGCCUCUCCUCCCGUCAACCCCCUCAAGGCUUGGUUCAAGGAGAAGCUCCCCAUGAAACACAGUCAACAGGAUCCGUGGGUCGCCAAGCCUCCCAAGCCCUUUCUCGGACCCUCCACCUCCUACCCUUCCUCCUACCCAUCCUUCCCCGCCUACCAGAAGCCUUACAGGGGCUACUACCCGGUCUACUUCCCCCCUCCCAAGCCUCCCAAGUCUCGCUACUACCAGAAGCCCCAGGCUCCGUUGUCCCUCAGUGACUUCCUGGGGAACUCCCUGGACUACGAGCUGGACUUCUCCCCCAAGAGGAGGUACCACGCCUGGGUGCAGCCCAGACAGCGGAAGCCUCCCUCGCCCUCGUCCCUCCGACGGAACCUCUACUUCCCCAGCUACGCCCUCCCCCCGCGCCAGCGGACAUUCAGCCCAUACCCCGUGCCCGCGCCCAAACCCAGGGCCCCUUCCUGGGGGCAGGGCCGUCGUAGGCCCGCCUACUUCUACCCUCCACCGGCGCCUCCCCUGGUCUCCCGAGAGGAAGAUUACUACGGGCAGGCGGCGCCUCGCAGCGACAGCACAGAGGAUCUGGAAAACUACAUCCAGCAGGUGCUCAGGAAGAGACCCCGGAUGUUCCAGUAAAGAGGGAACGAGAGGAGGGAUGGAAGGAGGGAGGCAGGGGUCGAAGGAUGUGAAGAGACAGACUGAUACGUUUAUUUCAUGUUACUGCCCCCCCCCCACACACACACACACUUCUCUCUCUCCAGGUUAGAUCGAUCGGUAUCUUUUAAUCGUGUAUUUUUUUAGUGCCCUUUAUAGUGUACAGGUUAGUUUAGAUGAUCUAGAGAAUUAUGGACCUUGCUGAUGUACAGUUGAGAAAUGGGGUGAGGUAGAUAAAUACCCUGGAAGACGGGUGGACGAUGUUGUUAGAGGAAACAGAAGAAGAAGAGAAAAAAAGAGAGAAAGAGAAAAAAGAGAUUCGGGCACGAAACAACUUAAUUAUACCAAACCUUUAGCCUGUUAACCUUCAGCAAACAUUCAACAUAGACUAUCAAUCAGACAUUCUAAAAAUGACAAUCUUUGAGAGGACAUUUCCAUGUUGACUGUUACCCAAUAGGCCUAGAAAUCAUGAACGAAAACACAAGGUUGUCAAGACAACAAGUAAAAAAGAUACGCAGAUGUCAACGAAGGAGCCAAAAUGGAGUCAAGCAUUUAGCCAUCAUUGCUCUUGGAGUGAAGGUUCUGCUCUAUUGCCAAGCCUUAUCAAUAUACAGAAUGUAUGUCUGAAUUCCCACGUUGUUUGAUGAAUACAUGUUGUCCUUUAAGUUAUUGUUUGUAGAAAAAAUGAAACUUGAUGAAAAGUUGAAAUGAAACAUUCUAAUUUCGAAUUGCACAUUUUCAUGUUCUACCCAUGGGUAUAGAAACCAAGUUUAUGCAUUUUAUGGUAAAGGGAUUGUUAGAUUACUGUUGUAACUCUAUAUGGUGCCAGUCGGUAUUGUAAACAAUCUUGGACAGUCCAUUUCUACCUAAUGUAUGUUCCUUCAAAGUAUUAUUAGAAUGUUUGUAAUACUUGGUUUCCCUUUCCUGUCUUAAUUGGAUGUCUUGGCCACAUGCGCGGAUAUUAUUUAACAUAGUUAUUCCUUUUGUAUGCAUUAAUGAUGUGUUUUUUUUCUAAAGAGCAAAAACCGAUAUGAAAAUUCACACACAUUCCAUUUGUACUAGAAAAAUGUGAUUUUCAAAAAGAAAAUGUCUGACAUUAUAAAGCCGUUGCCUUAUCAUGA